AUGAGGUUGCUGGAGCAGCAUGUUCAUGGUGAAGACUGGUGGGCAAUCUCUUGGGACGUGGCUCUGCAGAGCCCCCUGGUAGGUGCACGUGCUGUACUCGGGGGAAUUGGCUCACAGGAACGUGUAGGCAGGUCAACUGGAGCCAAUGCUGAUUACAGCCGGUUGUUUGUGGCGUACUACACACUUCUGCAAGCACAGCCUGUCGGGGCUUUUGUGUCAGCACUAGGUAGCUAUUCAUCACUAGAGGUAUUGAAUAAUGAAAAUAAAAAUGGCCUGAGAGCUACUUAUCUGCCAGUCUUUCAGGAGCGGCGAGGCAAAAUGAAUAGCAAGUUUGAUUUUAAGAGCAUCAGUUCAAGUCAGGCGUCCAUUAUGGGUGACCUUCAGAGGCUUCUUAGCCAAGGAGAAUAUGCUCCUUUUACCUCUGCUCCCAUCUUCGAGAGCAAGUUUGUCCAGGUUAAUCGAAGAGGGGAACCAAUUUCUGUCCACAACCGACCCAGCUGCGUGACCAUCGGUAUCUGUGCUGCCAAUCCCAGUUCACCAAUGCCCAAUGCGAUGCUGGUAGCACGCAAAGUGCCCAUAUCCCCAGAGGAAAGUAUGACAAACUUCUGGAAACUCUCAGAGCAGCCAUCCCACAUGGAACAGCUAGCACUUACCAGGUUCUUCCCCUUGAAGUUUGUGGAGCUCUCUGUCCACAGCACAGAUAAGCAUCACCUCAUGUUAAAAUUAGUAAAUGGCCGUUCCUAUUAUCUAGAGCUCUGUGCCCCGCCAGACCAGCAACAACACCUAUUCCACCUGUGGCUGCAGCUCAUCUCUCUCCUGAAACCCCCAGAAAAUACCAGCAAUACCGAAGUCGAUGUAAAAUGCAAGGAUUUUGGCACAUGUCACAAGAAAGUUCCCAGCUCAAGCAACCCAUCAGAAAAUAGCGACAACCCACAAGACGUGCCUAACCCCAGAACAGCGGAAGAAGUUGUUACUAAACAAACCUCCUCCAACCAAGUUCCCCUCUCAGGUACAGUGGGUCCCACAGAAGAGAGUGGAAGGAAAGGGGAAGCCUUCCACAGCUCCCUGAAACCAACCAGGCAAGAAACCACCAUGCAGUCAAAGAAUAUAGAUCCUCUGGAUACAAAGAAGAGCAAAGGCACAGAAAAGAGGAAAACUAGAAAAGACAGUAAACUAGUGAUCAGUUUGGAUGAGGAUGACAACAGCGAACAGCCAACUGGUGAACCUAGCUACUUUUUGCAGCCAUUAUAUCGUCUAGACACUGCGUUCUGGGCACCUUCUGUGCCUCAGCCUCCCUCUGCUCUCCCGAAGGCGGACUCUCAGAUGAGAGUAAGUAUUUUCCGUCCCACAACAGGCCCCAGCCUGGCUGGGGCUUUCAAGCUUGGGUUGCAGCUUCAGCAGCAGUACAAGAAGAAUGGGGGGAUGAUGAGGCGGGCGGAGGAGAAAGGGGCUGCAGUGGCGCGGGGCACACACCAGGCUCAGCAGGCAGCAGAAGAGCGGGCAGAAGGAGGCAGCUGGAGGGCUGGAAGACGGGCUGCCACGGUCUCAAAAUCCGGGGAGAGGCAGCAGAGCGAGCCGAGGGGCGGCGUGGCGUGGCGUGGCGUGGCUGGGGUGUCCCGAGCGCGGCGGGAGCUGACAAAGCUGUCGCCAUGGGAACCAGGAGCGCUCCCGUCCGGCGGGGGAAUGCUGAGUCCUGCAAAUGGGGGGCUGCAGCUCCUGUCCCAGGGAAGGAGACCCGGGGCGGGGGGUAAACAUCACCUCCCUGGGCCAGAUGAGUGA